AUGUCUGGUGGUCGUCGAAUGAGCAUUGCGAAGGGGUUUCGCAAAGAUAGCUACGCAGACAGACCUAGAGGAUCAAAUGUUGACGUUGACCCAUAUGACGACGAUGACACAAACCAACUGAAAAGGGGGUCGUCUGUAUGGAAAUCAGGGUUCAAGGGCAAACUUGGCAACACCUACAGAUUGGGACCAAAAGUACAAUUCCUUCCCCAUCUGAUUAGGAAGAAAGGCACAGAGUUGAUGAGUCAAGCUUUCGGCGAAUUGAUCUACGAACACGACAAAUGUCGAGAUGUGGCUGACAAAGUCGCCGCUGAUAUCUUGGCCUUCACCAAAGAACAGGUGUGCGACCGCUACAGAUACGUUGUCAGGGUGAUUGUGGGGGAAAAGAGAGGCCAGACUGUGAAAAUUGCUAGUCGGGCCCUUUGGGAUGCUGAAAAGGACAAUUUUCUGACUCUGAACUUUGAGAACCAGCACUUGUUCGCUGUUGGUAUGGUUUUUGGCAUUUAUUUAGAGUAG